GACGGAAGAAAGGUGUUGCGUGUGUGGGACGCAGCUGUGGUGCCUGGGAGUCCGAGAGCCGCGGGGCUGCAGGGGCAUGGCGGCGGCCUCUGCGGUGUCGGUGCUGCUGGUGGCGGCGGAGAGGAACCGGUGGCAGCGUGUCCCGAGCCUGGUGCUGCCGCCGAGGCGAUUGGCUUGGAAGCAAAGAACCAUGAAGUAUGCCACAGCCACAGGACGAAACAUUACCAAGGUCCUUAUUGCCAACAGAGGAGAAAUUGCCUGCAGGGUGAUGCGAACAGCUAAAAAAAUGGGUGUACAGUCCGUGGCUGUUUAUAGUGAGGCUGACAGGAAUUCCAUGCAUGUAGACAUGGCAGACGAAGCAUAUUCCAUUGGUCCUGCUCCCUCUCAACAGAGCUACCUUUCCAUGGAAAAAAUCAUUCAAGUGGCCAAGAUCUCUGCUGCACAGGCUAUCCAUCCAGGAUAUGGUUUUCUUUCAGAAAACAUGGAAUUUGCUGAACUGUGUAAGCAAGAAGGAAUUAUUUUUAUAGGUCCUCUUUCAUCUGCAAUUAGAGACAUGGGUAUAAAGAGCACAGCCAAAUCAAUAAUGGCGGCUGCUGGUGUGCCUGUUGUGGAAGGUUAUCACGGCGAGGACCAGUCGGACCAAUGCCUGAAAGAGCAUGCUGGGAGAAUCGGUUAUCCUGUCAUGAUUAAAGCCAUCCGUGGUGGAGGGGGAAAAGGUAUGAGGAUCAUUAGAUCUGAAAAAGAAUUUCAGGAGCAGCUAGAAUCAGCACGGAGAGAAGCUAAGAAGUCUUUCAAUGAUGAUGCUAUGCUGAUUGAGAAGUUUGUGGACACACCAAGGCAUGUAGAAGUCCAGGUGUUUGGUGACCACCAUGGCAAUGCUGUGUACUUGUUUGAAAGAGACUGUAGUGUACAGAGGAGACAUCAGAAGAUCAUUGAGGAGGCCCCAGGGCCUGGUAUUAAACCUGAAGUAAGAAAAAAGCUUGGAGAAGCUGCAGUCAGAGCUGCUAAAGCUGUAAACUAUGUUGGAGCAGGAACUGUGGAGUUUAUUAUGGACUCAAAGCACGAUUUCUACUUCAUGGAGAUGAAUACAAGGCUGCAAGUGGAACAUCCUACUACUGAGAUGAUCACAGGAACUGACUUGGUGGAGUGGCAGCUUAGGAUUGCAGCAGGAGAGAAAAUUCCUUUGAGCCAGGAAGAAAUAACUCUGCAGGGCCAUGCCUUUGAAGCUAGAAUAUAUGCAGAAGAUCCUAACAAUGACUUCAUGCCAGGAGCUGGACCAUUAGUGCAUCUCUCCACUCCUCGAGCAGACCUUUCCACCAGGAUUGAAACUGGAGUACGGCAAGGAGAUGAAGUUUCAGUGCAUUAUGACCCCAUGAUUGCAAAGCUGGUCGUAUGGGCUGCAGAUCGCCAGGCGGCCUUGACAAAACUGAGGUACAGCCUUCGUCAGUACAACAUUGUCGGACUGCACACCAACAUUGACUUCCUCCUCCGCCUGACUGGCCACCCAGAGUUUGAAGCUGGGAACGUGCACACUGAUUUCAUCCCUCAACACCGCAAAGAACUGUUGUCCAGUCGGAAGGCCGCAGCCAAAGAGGUUUUAUGUCAGGCAGCUCUGGGUCUCAUCCUCAAGGAGAAAACUGUCUCUGAUGAUUUCAAAAUUCAGACACAAGAUCAAUACUCUCCUUUUGCGUCCAGCAGUGGAAGAAGACUGAAUAUCUGUUACACCAGAAACGUGACUCUUAGGGAUGGUAAAAACAAUGUAGCCAUAGCUGUAACAUAUAACCAUGAUGGGUCAUAUAGCAUGCAGAUUGGAGAUAAAACUUUCCAAGUCCUUGGUGAUCUUUAUAGUGAGGAAGACUGCACUUACCUGAAAUGUUCUGUUAAUGGAGUUGCUAGCAAACCUAAGCUAAUUAUCCUGGAAAACACUAUUUACCUAUUUUCCAUGGAAGAAAGUAUUCAGAUUGACAUUCCAGUCCCCAAAUACUUGUCUUCAGUGAGCUCAGCAGGAACUGAGGGAGGGACCAUUGCUCCUAUGGCUGGAACCAUUGAAAAGGUGUUUGUGAAAGCUGGAGACAAAGUACAUGCUGGAGAUUCUCUAAUGGUUAUGAUCGCCAUGAAAAUGGAGCAUAUCAUAAGAGCUCCAAAGGACGGCACCAUCAAGAGAGUCUUCUACAAAGAAGGUUCUCAGGCCAACAGACACGCUCCUUUAGUCGAGUUUGAGGAGGAGGAAUCUGACAAAAAGGAAGCAGAAUAAACUCCAUCAAAGAAAUGGCCAAUUAAGCAGUGUCAUAAAUAUAGUAUCUCUACACCGAAAAAAGAAAGUGCCUUCUUGCAUUUCUUGGGGUCUAAUGAACCGUGGUUUUACUAAAUGAUUGUAUGAUUGUGCUAAAACUGUUUCAUAUUUGAAAAUCAUGCACUUGGGUCACAAAUACAAUAAAUUAUCAAAAUAUAUUUCAUAUUAAUAAAAUCGAAUUAUACUUUUUUAUUGGAA